GUAAAAUGUUAUGCAAGAUUUUACUGUGAUUAUAGCUUUAAAAGCCUUAAAAAAACUGUUCUAAUGGCAUUAGAUUCUAUUAGUUUAUUAAAAAUUUACCGCUUUGCUCGCCAUUCUGAACAAUUUAUGAGUGCUUAUGAACUUGAACUUUCUGGAAAGGCUGCUGACUUUGCA